AUGAAAUUCUCCAAGACCUCCAGCCUCCUUUCCCUCGGCCUUAUUGGCUCGGUCUCCGCCGACUGGCGUGAUGCCAGUAGCUGGUCCAGCUCUGGUGUCCCCUCCAGCAAGCCUGUUGAUGCUACCAGCGCGACCUCCUCGACUUGGGGCGCCCCUCCUGCUGUAUCAACGGUAACUGUUACCGACACCUCGACGGAGACAGAAUAUGUCGAGCGCACCACUGUCUUCCGCACUACGGUUCUAGUUGGCGCCUCUUUCUGUGCCGCAUCUCCUACUGGUGUUGCUCCGGCUGCCAAUCAGGCUCCUGGUGCUGGCUCCGCUCCUGUGAGCCCUGCUCCGGGUGCAGGCUCCGACAGUGGCUCAGGCUCAGGCUCUGGCGCGGCUCCUGGCCCCGGCUCCGGCCCCGGCUCCAGUUCAGGUUCGGGCUCUGGCUCAGGCUCAGGUUCCGGCUAUGGCGCUGGCAGCGGCAGCGGCAGCGGCAGCAAUGCUGGCGCAGGGUCUGCCGCCACUUCUGCUAGCCCCGGUGGUAACUGGGGAGUUCCUGGCAGUGAUGGUCACGGCCUUAACCCAGGAAUUCCAGGCGGUCACGUGGUUGGCACUGACGGGCAGGUGUACACGUGGACUGGUUCAGUUCCCGUUGAUGCCACAUCCACGGCCAGUCAGGCAGCCCCUACAUACCCCGGCUGGUCUGACUACCCCGGUGAUGGUAGUGGAAGUGGUAGCAACGGUACUGGGCCUGCUCCAGGCGGUGCGGCUUCGAAUGUAACUAAGCCCUUCCCGCCGCUUUCGGAAGGAGGCUGCAACAGCGCCGCCGAUCGUUCCAAGUGGUGCGGUGGCUUUUCUAUCGACACUGAUGCCUACACCUCCGGGCCCGACACCGGAAAGACGUGUUCCUACAAUUGGGUUCUCACCAACACGACUCUGGACUUUGAUGGCGUUCCUCGUCUGGCUCUUGCCAUCAACGGACAGGUCCCAGGACCCGCCAUUGAGUGCAACUGGGGUGACUGGAUUGAAGUUCAAGUCACCAACAAGAUGCAGGACAACGCUACUUCUAUCCAUUGGCAUGGUAUCAUCCAGAAGGGCACCAACGACCAGGACGGUGUUCCAGGUGUGACCGAGUGUGCUCUGGCACCAGGAGACAGCCGUACUUACAGAUUCAAGGCGUCGCAAUAUGGCACCGGAUGGUACCAUUCCCACGCUGUGACUCAGCUUGGUGACGGUAUUCGUGGUCCCAUGAUCAUUCACGGCCCUGCUAGUGCCAACUACGAUAUCGACUCUGGAACCGUCAUGAUUGAUGAUCUCUUCGGCAACGGCACAAACACUAUGACUGCUGCCACCACCAAUGCUCAAAUCGCUCAUUUCGGUCCCGGCGGAACAUGGAACUACAUGCUCAACGGUCACAAUACCUUCCCGGAUCUAUCCCGUGGCAAGCAUGCGUUGUGGACGGUCAAGCCCGGCAAGAAGCAUCUUUUCCGUCUCAUCAACUCGGCCUCGCAGAACAUGUUCUCCGUUCACUUUGACAACCACAAGAUGCAGGUCAUCGCUGUCGACUAUGUUCCCAUCAAGCCUUACAGCACCGAAUGGCUGAACAUUGCUAUUGGCCAGCGUUAUGACGUCAUUGUUGAGAUGAACCAGCCUACUGCUGGCUACUUCCUCCGUGCGGUUACUCAACUUGGCUGCCCAUCUGGCUGUGCUAACACUGGUCUUGGCAAUGCCAACGGUAUUUUCCAAUACGAGGGUGCUCCCUUGACUCUACCUACCUCGACUGCUGGCAACAAGACCGUCAAUGACUUCCGCUUCUGCCUUGAUGAGCCCCUGGCCAAGCUCGUUCCUUGGGUCAAGAAGUCUGGAGGUUCUCAGUCCGCGUUCCAGGCUUCUCAAUCGCUUCUGCCAGCCGGCAACGUCGCCACCGUCGCUACUUCUGACGAUGGGACCGUCUUCCGUUGGUUCCUCAACAACGGUGCCAUCCAUGUCAACUACACUCAGCCUACCCUCCAGUCCAUCGCCGACGGAAAGGUCUCCAACUCUAGCAUCAGCAAUCCCAUCUUCCUUGAGAAGAAGGGCGAGUGGUACUAUUUCAUUAUCCAGAACCAGUUUUUCGCCUCUCACCCCAUGCAUUUGCACGGUCAUGAUAUGAGCGUUUUGGGCCAGGGAACCACUGCCUGGAAUGGCGAUAUCAACUCUCUCAACUUCGAAAACCCAACCCGUCGUGAUACUGUCAUGCUUGUUGGUUCCGCUGGCCCAACUGCGCCGGCCCCUGGCUACACUGUCAUCGGCUUCCAGUCCGACAACCCAGGUGCCUGGCUCAUGCACUGCCACAUCGUCUGGCACGUGGACGGGGGUCUGGCCCUUCAAUGGAUCGAGCGCCCUAGUGAGAUUGCAGCAUCAGCCUACGUCUCCAAACCCUCGUUCCAGAAGGAGUGCGCCAAUGUGAAGAACUACCUUGCUUCUGGCGGCCGUGCCACUACCUCUGGGGAGUCUGGCCUCAAGGCCCGUUCGUACAUUGAUGACAUGUUCAUGAGCCACCCCGCCGACAAUGUUGUCCGCCGCUCCGAAACUGCCGAGCGUCGCUACAUCGACCAGCAUGUCAAGCGCAACCACCAUUACUGA